AGAAGUGGGUUGUGAUUCUCCCACUUCCCCGUACACAAUCUUUAUAUAUUCUUUUCACGGUCUUUGUGGCUGUGAGAGGUCCGAGGCAUCCAUUAUCCUGCCCUUCCUAGUCCUUAAAAAGGAGACCCAACGUAACCCCACAUGCAAAGCCUACUCCCUUCCGGCUCAUAAGAAGCCACGCCCGGGCAGAGGCCUUCCCCAUAGGGAUCAGCUCGAGCAAGAGCUCAGACAGAGUCUUCACUCCCCCCCCCACUCCCUGAGAUGGCAUCGGGUUGGACCGCGAAGGAGAACAAGACGUUCGAGCGGGCCCUCGCAGUGUACGACAAGGACACCCCCGACCGCUGGCACAAUAUCGCCCGGGCCGUCGGCGGGAAGACGGCGGAGGAAGUGAAGCGCCACUACGAUCUGCUCGUGGAGGACAUUCGCCGCAUCGAGGCUGGCCAAAUGCCGUACGUCCAUUACAAGUCCCCCGGCAGCAGAGGUUGAAGUAUUUGGAGCUUAAUUGGAGCACAAACUAGCAUGCAGUUGCUUUGUCUAUGUGAAGCAAUAUGCCCAUUUCUCUUCUCUGGGCAUCAGUUAUUAGAAUGUUAUUCGACUAUAUGAAGACCAAAUCUCUCUGAACUCAGUAUCAGUUUCUCUUAUUUAGUUUUCUUUCUCCCUUCUAUCAUGUACUCUAUAGAGACAUCGUACUCUUUAAAGGCUACCGUUAUUAUAGGCAUAAGAGGUAUGCUUGCUUUGUAAUAUUUGGCUUAUAUAACCAUACCGAGUUACAUUAUAUGCA